AUGUCGUUUCCAGUCGUUUCUCCAUUGUCACCCGAUGCCAAUGACGAAACAAUGAAAUUAGCUGCCUUUUAUAAUGAAACACUAGGCUUUUGCCCAAAUGGUGUCUUUACUAUGCAACAUCGACCGGCUAUUCUUACUGCUGCAAUUAACCUGAACAAAGCAGUGAUGGAAAAUCAUGGUCGUGUCACUAAUGUUUUGAAACGUCUCAUUGCUUAUGUUGCUAGUUCCAAAGCUGGUUGUCAAUACUGCCAAGCACAUACUAUACUAGCAGCGGAGCGUUUUGGAGCUGAUUCAGAACAAUUAGCUCACAUCUGUCAGUAUUCUACUCAUGCAGCUUUCAGUCCUGCUGAACGGGCAGCUCUCGACUUUGCCGUAGCAGCUUCAUCAGUGCCCAAUGCUGUAAACAGUCCCAUUAUUGAAAAUCUACGUCAGCAUUGGGAUGAAGGUGAAAUUGUUGAAAUUUUAGGUGUGAUUAGUCAUUUUGGUUUUCUCAAUCGAUGGCACGACUCAAUGGGCACGACUAUAGAAUCUGGAGCAUUAAAUGCAGCUGAGAAGCAUCUGGCAAAACAUGGAUGGUCUCCUGGAAAACAUGCACAGACAAACAAUUCAUCUUGA